AUGUUUAAAAGGCUUUCAUCAUUAAAGUAUAUAGUGCCAACCGGUGCAGUGGUAUUAUUUGGCACACCCUCUCUGCUAAUAGCAGCAGAUUCAAAACAAAUACUGGAAAAUAACAAGGAAGAACAAGAGCAAAAACUCCAUAAUCAUAAAUUAAUCCGUCAUAAUAAACAGGAAUAUAUUAAAGCAAAUGAAAUAAUUAGAGAGAUAAAACCGCUGGGAGAUAAUUUUCAUACGCCUGCUAACCCAAUCGUGCUGUGCCAUGGUAUAUCUGGAUUUGACAGAUUAGUUUUGCUGCCUUCUAUAUACCAAAUUAUAAAAUUUAUCAGAAAUAUGGGUACUCUAAUUACAGAUGAUGAAGAGAUGAUGAAAAAUGUGUACACUGAUGAUGACAAUAUCAAGGCUUUACUGGAGAUUGACUAUUGGAUCGGUGUUAAAAACAUAUUGGAAAGAAAUGGCUGUAAAGUAUUAACUGCACGGGUUCCUGCUUUUGGAAGUAUUGAAGAAAGGGCCAACAUAUUAAACCAUUUUAUACAACACAAAGUAUCUUUACAUAAAUCCAAGGAAAGUGGAAAACAACAAGAUGAUGAAUUAAUGAAGGUGAACAUAAUAGCACAUUCUAUGGGUGGACUAGAUGCUAGAUAUUUGAUAUCUGAGAUUCCUCAAGAACAAAAAAAAAAUUAUCAAGUUUGUUCCUUAACAACGGUAUCCACACCACAUAGAGGCAGUGAGAUGGCUGAUUUUAUUGUACAGUUAGCAAAAGAUUUAGAAAACCAAGUAACAUUCACGUCGAAAGCCAAUGCAGAUGAAAAUGAUGGCGACAAAGAGGGCGGGUUAUAUAAUAAUACUAGCAAAGAUACAACUAAUAUAACAAGUGCACGAAGACUGUUACCUAAGCCAAUUUAUGAAUUAACCACAAAGCAUAUGCACGACUUUAAUGAAAGGGUGCUGGAUGAUGAUAAGGUGGGAUAUUUCAGUUAUGGUUCGUAUUUUAUUCCCAAGUGGCACAAUACAUUUUAUCUUUCAUGGAAAAUCAUUGAAAAAUUAAGUAACGGCAAACCAAAUGAUGGGUUGGUUACUUUGGAUAGCGCUAGAUGGGGGACUUAUAUGGGCACGUUACCUGGAUUAGACCAUUUGGAUAUUAUUAAUUGGAAAAUUAAUUUGGUUAAAAGGGACACGCCUGUUACGCUUGAUGUUUUGCAAUUUUAUUUAAAAAUAGCAGAUGAUUUAGGUCGAAGAGGAUAUUGA